AUGGCGUCCGCACCGCUCAAUCCGUCCAAGAAGUCGAUCCGCAGCCCAGGCGGUGGUGGGUCUCAAAACAACCGCAAUGCCAGUGGGCAAACGGUCAAGUUCGCGAGGAGGACGUCGAGCGGCCGCUACGUUAGCCUCUCCAGGGAGGACAUGGACAUGUCGGGGGAGCUCUCCGGGGACUACAUGAACUACACGGUGCACAUACCCCCGACACCCGACAACCAACCCAUGGAUGGACCCGCCGAGGCCGCGUCGGUGGCGGUCAAGGCGGAGGAGCAGUACGUCUCCAACUCGCUCUUCACCGGGGGUUUUAACAGCGUCACCAGGGCGCAUCUCAUGGACAAGGUCAUCGACUCCGAGGUGAUGCACCCCCAGAUGGCGGGCGCCAAGGGCUCAUCCUGUGCCAUGCAGGCCUGCGAUGGCAAGGUCAUGCGGGACGAGCGCGGAGAAGACAUCGACCCGUGCGAAUGCAGGUUUAAGAUUUGCAGGGACUGCUACUUGGACGCUCAAAAGGAUGGGGGGACGUGCCCGGGUUGCAAGGAGCCAUACAAGAUAGGGGAGUACGAGGACGAUGUGCCGGACUUCCGCACCGGCGCUCUCUCCCUUCCGGCGCCGGCCAACGCCAAGACGACAGCUGACAACCGCAUGUCGGUAAUGAAGUCGAACAAGUCCCUGCUGAUGCGCAGCCAGACCGGGGAGUUCGACCACAACCGGUGGUUGUUCGAAAGCAAAGGGACGUACGGCUAUGGGAACGCCUAUUGGCCCAAAGACGGCAUGUACGAUGAUGAUCUCGAGGAGGGCAUGGCGGACGGCAUCCCGGAAAACAUGGAUAAGCCCUGGAAACCCCUGACUCGGAAGAUCCCGAUGCCUGCCGGAAUCAUCAGCCCUUACAGGCUUCUCAUAGUUGUGCGGCUGGUUGCUCUGGGUUUCUUCCUGGUAUGGAGGGUGAAGCAUCCGAACGAGGAGGCCAUGUGGCUGUGGGGCAUGUCCAUAGUCUGUGAGAUCUGGUUUGCCUUCUCCUGGAUCCUCGACGUGAUCCCCAAGCUCCACCCGAUCAAUCGGGCGACCGACCUCUCGGUGCUCAAGGAGAAGUUCGAUAUGCCAUCCCCCUCCAAUCCGUCGGGACGCUCUGACCUUCCCGGCAUGGACGUCUUCGUCUCCACCGCCGAUCCCGAGAAAGAGCCACCGCUCGUCACGGCUAACACUAUCCUGUCAAUCCUGGCCGCCAAUUAUCCGGUGGAGAAGUUAGCGUGCUACAUAUCUGAUGAUGGUGGCGCUCUGCUCACUUUCGAGGCGAUGGCGGAGGCCGCGAGCUUCGCCAAUAUUUGGGUCCCCUUCUGUCGCAAGCAUGACAUCGAGCCGAGGAACCCCGACAGCUACUUCAGCUUGAAGGGGGACCCGACCAAGAACAAGAGGCGGUCGGACUUCGUGAAGGACCGGAGGAAAGUGAAGCGGGAGUAUGACGAGUUCAAGGUGAGGAUCAACGGGUUGCCCGAUUCCAUCAGGAGGAGGUCGGACGCAUUCAAUGCUCGGGAGGAAAUGAAGGCGAUCAAGCACAUCAGGGAGAGUGGUGGCGACCCGACGGAGCCGAUAAAGGUCACCAAGGCGACGUGGAUGGCCGAUGGGACGCAUUGGCCGGGGAGUUGGGCCACCUCCGCCCCUGAGCAUGCCAGAGGAGAUCACGCGAGCAUCCUCCAGGUGAUGCUGAAGCCGCCCUCGGCGGAUCCGCUUUACGGGCUGCCGGACGAGGACCAGACGAUGGACUUCACGGACGUGGACAUCCGACUGCCGAUGCUGGUGUACAUGUCGCGCGAGAAGCGGCGGGGGUACGACCACAACAAGAAGGCCGGGGCCAUGAACGCGCUGGUGCGGUCGUCGGCCGUCAUGUCGAACGGCCCCUUCAUCCUCAACCUUGACUGCGACCACUACAUCAACAACGCCGACGCCAUGCGCGAGGGCAUGUGCUUCAUGUUGGACCGAGGUGGUGACCGCAUCUGCUACAUCCAGUUCCCCCAGAGGUUCGAGGGCAUCGACCCCUCCGACCGCUACGCCAACCACAACACCGUCUUCUUCGAUGGCAACAUGCGCGCCCUGGACGGCGUGCAGGGUCCGGUUUAUGUGGGGACCGGUUGCUUGUUCCGGCGAUUUGCGCUGUAUGGAUUCGACCCUCCCCGGGCGACCGAGUACACCGGGCUGUUCACGAAGAAGGAGAAGAAGAGCACGUACAGCAAAGAGACGGACUCGGACACGCAGUCGCUCAGGGCAGAAGACUUCGACACCGAUCUCGACCCGGCGCUGCUGCCCAAGCGGUUUGGCAACUCCGCAGCGCUGUCCGAGUCGAUACCCGUGGCCGAGUUCCAGGGCCGCCCCCUGGCCGACCACCCUGGGAUCAAGCAUGGCCGCCCUCCCGGUGCUCUCAGGGUCCCGCGACCCCCCCUCGAUCCCGCCACCGUCGCUGAGGCCGUCUCUGUCAUCUCUUGUUGGUACGAGGACAAGACGGAGUGGGGCGACCGCGUGGGUUGGAUCUACGGGUCGGUGACGGAGGACGUGGUGACAGGGUACAGGAUGCACAACAGGGGGUGGCGCUCGGUGUACUGCAUCACCAAGCGCGACGCCUUCCGGGGGUCGGCGCCCAUCAACCUGACGGACCGGCUCCACCAGGUGCUCCGCUGGGCCACCGGCUCCGUGGAGAUCUUCUUCUCCCGCAACAACGCCCUGCUGGCGUCACGGCGUCUGAAGCUGCUGCAGCGCAUCGCCUACCUCAACGUCGGCAUCUACCCCUUCACCUCCAUCUUCCUCCUCGUCUACUGCUUCCUCCCGGCCCUUUCCCUCUUCUCGGGCUACUUCAUCGUCCAGACCCUCAACGUCACCUUCCUCGUCUACCUGCUCACCAUCACCCUCACCCUCAUCGGCCUGGCCAUCCUUGAGGUCAAGUGGUCCGGCGUGGGCCUCGAAGAGUGGUGGCGCAACGAGCAGUUCUGGCUCAUCUCCGGCACCAGCGCCCACCUGUACGCGGUGGUCCAGGGGCUCCUCAAGGUCGUGGCCGGGAUCGAGAUCUCCUUCACCCUCACCACCAAGUCCACGGCGGAGGACGAGGAGGACAUCUACGCCGACCUGUACCUCGUCAAGUGGACGUCCCUCAUGAUCCCACCCAUCACCAUCAUGAUGGUGAACAUCAUCGCCAUCGCCUUCGGCUUCGCCAAGACCAUCUACAGCGAGGUCCCCAAGUGGAGCAAGCUGAUGGGCGGUGCCUUCUUCAGCUUCUGGGUGCUGGCUCACCUCUACCCCUUCGCCAAGGGCCUCAUGGGCAGGCGCGGCAAGACUCCCACCAUCGUCUUCGUCUGGUCCGGCCUCAUCGCCAUCACCAUCUCACUCCUCUGGAUCGCCAUCAGCCCUCCCAAGGAAGGCGAAGGCUCCACCGCCACCAGCACCUUCCAGUUCCCAUAAUACUCUCUCUCUCUCUCUCACUCUCUCUAUAUAUAAUAUAUAUAUCCA